GGCUAUGCAGAGCAGCAGGAGCAUUCUUUCAAGGUAAUGAUUAAACUGAGCGACUGUCAAGAGCACUGGCUACUGGACUGGGAAGGUGAGCCCUAUUCACACCUUGGCCAGGCUGCAGUGGCCAGGACUGGUUUACAAAGGCAGAGCUCCAGGGCUCAGGGGGCCCCAGCCAGUAGCCGCAGCCUCCUGCCUGGGCACAGGGGUCCCAGAGCAUCUCAGGGCCGAGCCUCUACUGCCUGCCCCACUGGGACUUUGCCCACGCCCUCAGCACCAUGAAGCUCCAGGUGUUCUGGACUGGGCUGGAAUAUACUUGUCGGCUCCUGGGCAUCACCACUGCUGCAGUGUUGAUCGGCGUGGGCACUGAGACCUUGUUCCAGGGCCAGUACAAAAGCCUGGCUUUCUAUCUGCUGUUUAUAGGAGCUGCUGUCUCCGUGUGCGAAGGGGCCUACUUUGUGGCUCAGCUGCUGGCCAUCUGUUUCAAGUGCCAACCAGGGUCCCUGGCCCAUAGAGCAAGGGAGAAGACCCGCUGGUUGGGCUGCUUCCAGAAGUUCCUGGCCUACAUGCUGCUCUCAGUGGCCUGCUUCCUUCACCCUGUCCUGGUCUGGCAUGUGACCAUCCCAGGCUCCAUGCUUAUCAUCACUGGCCUGGCCUACUUUCUACUAAGCAAGCGGAAGAAGACCAAAGCUUCCCCAGAGGUUCUGGCCUCCCCAGAACAGUACACAGACCCCUCUAGCAGUGCCGUGAGCAACACUGGCUCUGGGGACACUGAGCAAACCUAUACCUUCCAUGGGGCCCUGAAGGAGAAGCCUGGAUCUCUCUUCAAUCACGUGAAGAGUAUCCUGAAGGGGACCAAGAAACCCAGUGCACUGCAGCCCUCAGCUACACUUAUGGAGUUGACAUUGGAGUCAGCUGACUCCCUGACCAAGAAGAAGCAAGUGCACUUCGAGGACAACGUGGUCAGAAUCAUCCCAUCACUCUCCGAAGGUGUGGAUGAUGGGGACAGUGAGCCAGAGGAGACCACCUCUGACACAACCCCCAUCAUCCCUGUCCCCCAAGCUCCACUCCUUCUGUCUUCACUCAUGGCAACGGACCUGUUCUGAGCAGUUCAGUAAGGUGUCUACAUAGACUGAUGACCCUGCCCUGGAGCUUCCUCAUACCCACAGACUCUCCAGGGAAUUCAGGGUCUUUGUAGGUCAACUCCUCAAGGGAUAAUCAGAUAUCCCCAUGAUGACUGGGUCUCUGGGACCAUCAGGUGGCGUGACAGUCUAGCAUUCCUGUCGAGACCUCCAGGAAGGUACAGAUGAGGCUCUUGCCAUUUAGAACCAGUUUGGGGUCCUUCUUCCUGGUCAGGGUGUAGAAAUCCUUGUGCUUUGCCCCAAGGAACCAUUAUUCUGACUCUACACAAGGCCACAGAUACCACUGCCUCAGACACAAAGGUCAGAGGAUGUCUGCCUUGGCAAAAAGCUGCAGGGCUUCCCUCACUCCUGACAUGGAGUAUAGCAUUGAGCAAGGACCCUAUGGUCCAUUUCACCUCUGAUGUGACAUCCCAUCUCUGAAGGUUCAGGGAUGCAGUGGCAACUUGAGCAUCUCAAAUGCAGGUGUUAAAGGUGGCCAUGAGCCCUUUUUUUGUUCAGGAUGGGGAAUGGAGGCCUUAAACCCUCAGGGUGAGAGCAGCUGGGCAGUAGCCACAUUCCAACCAUGCUCUGGGGUUGGCGCCAAGUAUUAGAAGUUACAGAACCACUCAGGAAAACAAUGCCACUCUAUGCUCACUGCCAGGAAAGCAACACUCAUUCCAGAAGCAUUGCUGAGGGCUUCCUGCAUCCCCACCACAGCGUUCUUUCAAGAUUCCAAGUAGAUGAUGCAAACUAAAAGAUGCUGAGAGUCUAUGACGACAUUCACCAAUGACUGCCAGGCACAGCACACAGUGCUUGCUGUACCCCAGGACCCCAGAGAAGUGCCCUGGAGAGUCCCAUGGCACAGAGAACUUGCUUUGCUGUACUUAGCCACCUGGCAGUGGAAUGCAUGAUAAAUACAUUUUUGUUCAAAAUGAGAGAGAGGGAGGCAUGGGAAGGGUAAAUUGGAAGAUAGUAAGUUAGCAGCAAGUUCUUUGCAAAAGGAAUAUGGAGGUAAUGGUUAACCCAGAAUUAAUAAAUAUAUUUGA